GGCGCCCGCGGGAAGCGCAGAUCGGUGCCUGCCGGGCCGGCCGUGUUCACGGGGAUGGCCGGUGGUGGUGCCUUGGUCCUGAAGCCGUGGAUUCGAGAGCUGAUCCUGGGGGCAGAGUUUCUCUCGAGUCCGCGGGCCGGGCAGCUGCUCAAGGUAUUGCAAGACGCCGAGACCCCGGGCCCAUCCCGUGCUCCCAACGCGUCCUACUCGGAGGCCAUGCUGCUCGUGUCCGACGGGACCCACAGUGUCCGGUGCCUGGUGACGCGGGAGGCCCUGGACGCCUCGGACUGGGAAGAGAAGGAGUUCGGGUUCCUUGGAACCGAGGGCCGACUGCUGCUACUCCAGGACUGCCAAGUCUGUGUCCAGGUGUCUGAAGGCACCGCGCCCUCGGAGUUCUACCUCCAGGUGAAUCGCUUUAGCCUCCUGCCCUUGGAGCAGCCCCGGGCCCCAGUGAUUGAUUGUAACCAGGACUCUGCUGUGCAGAGAAAGCUCUGUGACUGCCUCGCGGACCACCUCUCAGAGUCCACUCCCUCGAGCACAGGCCUGACCCUGACCCAGCUGCUGGAGGAGGUGCAAGAGGACCAGGAGCAUCGGGUGGGUUUGGUUCGCCUGGCUGAGAGCUGCCUGGUGUUGGCAGACCCCUGCCCAACUCCGCCUCUGAGCCACUGGGCCGCUGCCCGCUGCGGGGCCACGGAAGGAGUUGUGUACAGUGUCCCCAGCCAUCUGCUGCACAUCUCUGAGAAUGACCUGCAAAUGCUAAAACUUUUGGGCCUGGGUCAGAGGCCACAAGACCCUGAGCUGCCCCCAUCAGAGCCGGCUCCACUGGACACAUCUCCAAGCCUGCUCUCCUGUGCUGCCCCAGGGACACCUGUGUUACCUGGCCCUACGCUGCUGUCCCAGGAAAUUGAGGCCGGCCCCAGCCUUCAGCCUGCUAUGUCAACUCCAGACUCAGCACAGGGCAUCAGCUGCCAACUUUCGCCAGCCCCCUGCUCGGCCCUCUCUAACUAUACACCCAGCCCGAUCCCCUUGAAUUCUAUUCCCAGUCUCUCACCCCUUAGCCGUGGCCCCCACCUACAUCAGGCCCAUGCAACCAAGGCCCGGAAACCUAGCCUGGAGUUUAAGGAGUUAGGUUUGUCCUGCAAAAACCAGCAGCCUUCUCUCAGGGCUGAAGCCAGCACAGGUACCCAGGAGGUCCAUCCUGCGUGGGACCCACCAACAAAGCAUCGUGAUGGUUCCAGCUUCCAGUAUAAGUACCAGCUGCCCUGUACCUCCCUCUGCACCCAGCUCCAGGCAAUCAGGCUCCCCCCGCAGCUCAUAGCCUGGGCUUUGCAUCUUGUCAUGGAGUCGCACACGGAGUCAGAGCUAACCCAGGAGGUACAGCCAGGACAAGCCCACCCAGCUCUUGUCCCCAGCCUCCCAGCUCCCUGGAGCCCACGCUCUGCUGGUGAGGCCUUCUAGAAGCAGAGGCACCCAGCACCUUCCCUCUCCCGUGUUCCACCCUGCACGGAGGCAUCUCCCUCACCAGCAGGGGCCUGGAGC